AAGCGAUAUUUCCGCUUCCGUUAGGGGCCGGAAGUUAGCGUCUCCUGGGUGAAGCGGCCUCGGCUGAGAGGCAAGACUGGUACAAGGUUUGUCCCCUCUGCAGUGAUGGGACGAAGGAAGUCCAAGCGGAAGCCGCCCCCCAAGAAGAAGAUGACAGGCACCCUGGAGACCCAGUUCACCUGCCCUUUCUGUAACCACGAGAAGUCUUGUGAUGUGAAAAUGGACCGUGCUCGAAACACCGGAGUCAUCUCCUGUACCGUGUGCCUAGAGGAAUUCCAGACACCCAUCACAUACCUGUCAGAACCAGUGGAUGUGUACAGCGACUGGAUAGACGCCUGUGAGGCAGCCAAUCAGUAGUGAAGUCAGGGACCUGCUCCUCCACAGCCUCCAUCUGGCUGCCAAUCCAGAGACAUUCUAGGGCUAGGACAGCCCACCCUCUACAGAUGGGAUGGAUGUGAGUGAGUAGAUGUCAUGGCUGCAGGUGUGACUGUAGGGAUGGAGGCGCGCAACACUGGGCCUCACCAAGCAGCCCAGGGCAGCCUCAUGGAACCCUGCGCCUCAGGUGACUCUGCAAGCCUUUGAGUUGCUCCCGUCUUCAGCCCCCACCCUGCCCCCACACUUCAGGCUCCUGUCUUCUCUGGUGACGGUUCCUGACAUCCAGGCAAGGAAUAGCUGUGGGACCUCCAGUCUCCUCAGCCACCUCACCAGCACCUUGCCCUUGGGGACCUAGAUUUCUGUCCUUCCCAGUCUCCUAGUGCUUGUGAUCUGGGAGUCGAGGCUCCUGGCCACCUAGGUCCCCUGGCUGGGCGUGGCUGGGGAACACCAUUUUCUUGGUUUGCCUUUGUAGAAAAGGUAGUGGCUAGUUGGGGUACAGCUGUCAUUCAUUCAUGAGCCCAUCAAUAAAGCAGCCAGUGUGUAUC